GUCCAUCCUCUUGUCCUUCUUUCCCUUCUGCUCCAGUUCUCGAGUGGCAAAAGCGGAGCGAUCCGUGAGGCUGGCGGCGCCUUUGGCAAGAAGGAAGCGGCCGAUGAGGAGCGCUACUUCAGGAAAUUACAGCAGGAACAAUUGGCACAGAUGAAAAAACACCAUGAAGAGGAAAUACAUCAUCAUAAGAAAGAAAUUGAGCGUCUGCAGAAGGAAAUUGAGCGUCAUAAAUCAAAGAUUAAAAAGUUUAGCGACGAUGAUUAAGUAGCAGAAUCCUUAACCAAUGUGAUAUAUGCCUGGCAUUGUUCUGGAAAUGUUGUCCAACAUACAGAUUCUUGCUCUUAACAUGCUCUGAAAUAAAUGGUUCACUCUC